GGGUUACAAAGGAGAAGUCUUAAUUGAACUUGUGGUAUCAUGAUGGCCACCAAGGAUCAAAUUUUUCACCUUUCGGGGCCCUCGGGCCUUACUGGCAUUAACUGGAAAAAUGCAGAUCAUGUGAGGAAGGUUGUUGCUUCUUUGGUUCAAGGUGCCUAUGUCUUAGAGCAGGACCGCCAGGGGAAACGUGAAGGUUCCCAGGCUCUUGCGCCUCCUUGGUGGGAAACUUUCGGUUUUCAGUUGAAGCGCAUACUCGUAGAGAAGGCUGACUCUUCUAUCUUCGGUGCCAUCUUCGAGUAUAAGCCUCCGCCAUCCUCAUGCAACCACUCAGCAGAUGGACCGCGCUUCGUGGUCGCCUUCCGAGGCACCCUGAUCGAGGACGAAUCAUUCGUUCAAGAUAUUAAGAUGGAUUUGCAGUUUUUCCGGAAUGAGCUUCACUCCUCGUCUCGCUGCGAGACUGCCAUGCAGGCAGUAGAAAACUUGGUUGCAACCGCCGGCGAUUCUAGGGUCUGGUUAGCUGGCCACUCCCUGGGGUCGGCCAUUGCUCUGCUAGCUGGAAAGAACAUGGCCAAAAAGGGAUCGAAACUCGAGUCUUUCCUCUUCAAUCCGCCUUAUGUAUCUGCCCCGAUCGAGAGUAUCAAGAGCCAGAAAUUGAAGCAGGCUAUCCAGGUAGGCAUCUGCGUGGCCACUUUUGUGGGGGCGUUAGCUAAUAGGUCUGUGGAAGAGCUGAAUCCAUCCGCCGAUUCUUUUGCGGCUUUGUCCCGUUGGGUUCCUCGGCUGUUUGUCAAUGAGGUCGAUUAUGUCAGUUCGGGAUACAUUAGCUAUUUUGAGCGCCAAGCCGGGAUGCAAAACAUGGGAGCAAGAGCUAUCCAGAGGGUUGUUAGUCAGCAUACUUUGGGAUCGCUGUUCCUGAGCGAGAACGGAACGCAGGCAGAGCCUUUGCACCUCAUCCCGUCGGCAGAUCUAACAAUCAAUCUAAACCCGCCGAAUGAGUUCGUGAAUGCGCAUGCUAUUUGCGAAUGGUGGAACCCGGACCUGAAGCUGCAGUCCAAAGUUUACAAGUACGACAAUUAGUAUCGGUGGUGUUGUUGGACUACUAUGACCCGUCGUUUAUGCAUUCGUAUCCGAUGGCGUGAUUGAACUUCCCCAAGCCGUUGGAUAGACAGUUGUGUUGCUCUCCCUGUGCCGUACUGCUUGUGUGCUGAUUUCUUCUUUACUGCAUUUCAUGUUGUUUGAAAGUUGCAGAUGGGUUUUUCAGUUUGUGGUCUGUGUGCGAGAGUGAGUCAGUCCUCUUUGUCAUUUUUCACUUCGGAGAUUGAAGCAAUGUUGUCUACCUUUUGUUGUGGUUGGGAGUA